CUCAGUAGUAGUGUCAAACUCACGGUGACAACAACAUACCCGAAAAUCGCAGCGGUGGGCAAAACAUUAAACGCGAGAGAGCGAGUGACAGACAGAGAGCGACGGUGCGACGCGCGCGGGCACGGGUAUUGGUCAAAAAGAAAUAAGCAACAUUUUCUGUGAUUUUUGAGUGUGACGGCCCGUCUUUGAGUGCUUCCGAUUCCGUAAUUCGCGGCUGUGCAGCGGCCAAAAGUUAGCCUUUGAACGGUUUUUUAUUUAGCAAACGGCGGCGCGCACGGAAAUAAAUCGCAGCAAAAUCGGAGCACGGGGAGCAGCCAAAAGUGCAGAGAUGUCGGGGCAAUUUGCAUAAUUUUCGGUAGGUCGCUGCUAGAAAGUUGUAUAAUACGAUUGCGAAAACCAGGAGGUACGCCCGGCUCACCACAAAUGGACGGGGAAUGCCGCGGCAGCUCCACCUCGUCCCCCACCAUCAACACCAAGUGCACCACCAAUACCAACACCACCACCACCCCAGCUGAAGCAGCCGCCUGCACCAUCGAAAUCCAAAAUAUUUUUUAAAACAUGUCUAGUGCCCACUACCAGGCACUCGAGCCGCAGACUUCCGACGAGGAUAACGAGGACAUCGAGCGGCGGCACCACCAGAGCAACUCACGCAGCUGCACCGCCUGCGCCACCUCCGCCACCACAACCGCGCAUCCAGCACAUGCCAUGGUCAGGAAGGGGGGCGUGGCCAGGAGGCGCUGCCUAGUGCCCCUGGCGGCCGGGGCACUGUUCUUCGUCGCCUUCUGCUACCUCACCCUCAGCGCGGACACUCGCCUCGCCUUGGGACUGGGCGGUGGCGCCGAGGACUCGGAGGAGCUAUCUCACCAUGGAAUAGGUAAGCAGUGGAGCCCGCUAAUGGAAACCCGACCGGCAGACUGGCUGUUGAGAUAUACUCGACACGACGAACCCGAGGGGGAAGAUCGGGCUGCAGACGAAGAGGAGUUCCAGGGGAACCUUAGUCAUAGAACGCAAGAAAUUGACGAUUAUAAGUGGAAUUUCAAGAUAGAAGAGCAAAGGUCCCAGCAGAUACAUAUCCGAAAAUGGCAUCGUUUCAAGCCCAUGAUCCAUGGUAUGAAUUUCCGGCCACUGAACGAAACCGUUCACAUUUGCAGCGAAAGUUACGAGGAUCGGCGACAGUUCAUGCAGGAUAAACCGCAAUCCGAGUACGGCCAGUUGCCCGUGAUAUACUUUGUUACCCCAACGUAUCCGCGGAGGGAGCAGAUCCCAGAGCUAACCCGGCUGGCACACACGCUGCUCCAUGUGCCGCGAUUGCACUGGCUGGUGGCCGAUGAUCAGGAGAAGUGCAAUGGCUUCAUGGACACGCUGCUCUAUCGAUUUGGUAUUCCCUUCACCCACAUGGUGAGCCCGAUGCCCAGCAAAUUCCGGAAUGAGAAGCCAGCGCCGCGGGGUGUGGCAAAUCGCAGGGCAGCCUUGCAGUGGCUGCGGCAGCACAAUCUCACCAAUGGAAUACUAUACUUCGGAGACGACGACAACACCUACGACCUGCGCCUGUUCUCAGAAAUCCGGAAAACGCAACGGGUUUCCAUGUUUCCUGUAGGUCUCAUAGCUGAUUAUGGAGUCAGCGGGCCAGUUGUGCGCAAAGGCAAAGUUGUGGCCUUCCUGGACUCCUGGGUGGCCGGUCGACGCUGGCCCGUUGACAUGGCUGGUUUUGCCGUGAGUUUGGAGUAUAUGUCACAGUAUCCAUAUGUAAAUAUGCCAUACAAGCCUGGCUACGAAGAGGAUCUCUUUCUGCGCAGCAUCGGCCUGCAAAUGAAUCUGAUAGAGCCGCGGGGCAAUAACUGCACCGAAAUUCUGGUCUGGCACACACAGACUAAGUCAAAGAAGCUCGGAAUGGUUCGCUUGGAGAGCAAAUACUUGGACGAUCGCUCUAACCUGGGCGCCCUGCUUCAUAAUCUUAAACUAAUGGGCGUGGCCAGUACAACGGAAAGUGAAGGACGCGAUGCACUGAUCAGCAAAAAUGGCAAGGAGAAGCCGCACUCCAAAAUUCUUAGCUGAGUUCCAGGUUCCAAUAUACGAAGAAGAGCCCGAAUAAUACUCAUAGACUUAUAGAGCUAAAUGUAUAAUAAUUCUGAAACAAAACUAAUCUCGAAUCCACUGCUCGCUGAAAUUCCAUGGAAAUUUCCUGUUCUAGUUAUCAGUCGUUUUCGUACUGCACAAUUCUAUAUUUUUUUUACAACUAGUUGCGUGGGUGCAGCUUCCCUGUUCUAUGUUCUCAUCAUAAUGAAAAGUUCAUAAAUUAUGCAUGUAUUGUUAAUUAGUUAUAGAUAAGUUUGUUCGUGAUAGCAAGAUAGGAAACACAGGGACGGCCACAAAGAUAGCACUUAUUUAAAUAUAUAUCAUAAUCGCUGACAGUAGGUUGUAAAAGCAGCUAGGAAUGUCUAUUACUCGCUUAUUGUACUUUCUAAUUUGCUAAGCAAAACAAAGGCUUCGGUCUAAAUGGAUUUUUGACCAAGCCCUUAGGGAGUAUUUUUAACGUUGUUCAUCACCUCAUCGACUUGCAACAUAGCAACAUUAAACACAUAUCAUUAUGCUUGGUAUAAAUUAUUUAGACUUAUCGGAAAUGAUCGAAUUCCCUCAAGAGCAAUGGGCAAUAUGUUAGGAAGACCUGUGUCCUUUUUAAUGUAAGCUUAAUGUAUCCUCUGUAAAUCAGUCAAUAAGAUAGUGAGUCGUAAUGUAAAAGAAAUAAAUGCUAGUUUUAUAAAGCUUUCUCCAAUAGAAUGAAU